AUGAGUGCAGAUACAUACUCGCCACCGCAUGCCACACUCAACACAGGAGCCAAAGUGUCCAUGGUGGCACUCGGUUGCUUUAAUGACAAGGAUCCAAAUGGCAUCGUGCCUGGAAUUGAAGCGGCCACCAAGGUUGGCUACACACACUUUGACACGGCCACGUUCUACCAGAAUGAAAACGCAGUUGGAGCAACUCUCCGCGCAAGCAGAAUUCCUCGCGAGUCAUUGUUUGUGACGACAAAGCUGUCGAACUUUGAUCACCACCGUGUCGAGGAGGCAUUUGAUAAGUCCCUGAACGAACUGGGCUUGGACUAUAUCGACAUGUAUCUGAUGCACUGGCCUCAAGCUAACAAGGAUGGUGACUUUUUUGCGACGGAUGAUACGAUCAGCUUUGUCGACACGUGGAGACAAAUGGAAAAGUUGCUCGACUCCCGCGCAGGCAAAGUCAAAGCUAUCGGUGUUAGCAACUUCAGCUUGAAAAACUUGACCGAGCUGUUGAAGUAUGCCAGGAUUGUGCCUGCUAUGAACCAGAUCGAAACACACCCGUACAACCAAGAUCGAGAACUAGUACAGUUCUGCCAGGACAAAGGCAUUGUCGUGUCGGCAUACUCGCCCCUUGGUUUUGCGAACUCGCCCAUGCUUCAAGACCAAGAUAUUGUCUCUGUUGCUGAAGAACUGGGACAUGGGAUCACACCUGCUAAUGUCUUGUUAAGCUGGAAUGUCCAACGCGGCGUCGUUGUCUUGCCGAAGAGUUCGCAUGCCGAGCGUGUGAAAGAGAAUUUCCGUCUCGUGCGCCUCAACGCUGCGCAAGUGCAAAAAAUUGACAAUAUUUCCAAUGAUCCUAAGCGUCGACAUCAGCGUCUCUGCACACUCUACGACUCCAAGACCAACACAUGCUUGGGCUGGACGUAUGAGCAGCUUGGCUGGGAAAUCCCGCCUGUUAAGCCUGCACUUUCGUAA